CCAAAUGGCCAUGCGCGUCAUGUCAUCUCUCGUCAAUCAAUCUACAAUAACAAACAAAGAAGUUAGGCACCUAUAUUGUAAAAGUCGUAAGUCAGUAAGGAUAAGGUGUUCUGGUAUUGCCGAGAAAAUCAAGAUUUGAACUCAGAUCACAUAUAAUUUUUGCCAAAGAAAAUGGAUAAACUGGGGCUGAAUAGCUCUAUUACUAAAACUAAAGAAGACUUGGAUUUACUAUCAGUUUUAGAACGUUUAGACGAUUCUUUGCAGCAGAAUACACAACUUAUACAACUGGUAAAAUCGAACCUGCUUGAUGAAGACAUUUUAAAUGAAAUAAAAACUAUAGUCAGUCUUGGAACACUUCGCUUGUACUUUGGUAAAACUAUGAGAGACUUGAAAAUUGUAAUAGAGGAUAAUGAUAGAGAACACGAAAUAAAAGUGCAUUACAAAGGCCCUAAACAUUUGAUUAUAUCAGAUGUAAAGUUGCCCAACUCUUCAGCACAUGAACAUGAAUUUGGAUGUAUCACAGAGAUUACUGAGUUAUUCAAUCAGAAUGUGAAAGACCUGGCUAGAUAUUUUUAUGAAUUAGAAAAUAUUGAUGAGUUUUGUACUGUUAUGGAACCGAUUGUAAAGUCAUUCAAGGAUAAUUACAGAAGAAUAUUCCUUGAUGAUAGGACAUGGCUGCAUGUGGAGGUGACCCCUGAAGGCUUUGCCACUAAUAUUCACCUUGUUGGUCAGUCAGAGUGUUGGCACAAUAAGCUACAGGCAGGGCUUCUCCAUUGGGAUCAUGAUAAAAAUAUUGUCGAUAAUAUUAUGGCCAUAUUUGAUUUCAGUCAAUUUUCACAUCCCACGUCAAGUACAUCGGAGGUUCCAAAAAUGGAUAGUGAAGAUGAUAACUCUGCAGCAUGUGGAAUAUGUUUAUCCACAAGUCUACCUGAUGUUCCUGGAUUGCCACUACCCCUCUGUCAAAAUUCAUUGUGUGGGGUUUAUUACCAUAGGACCUGUUUGUAUCAGUGGUUAGUGGCAUGUGCUGGUAGUCGGCCCCCUGCCUUUGGCGUCGCGAAUGGAAGUUGUCCAACUUGUCUUCAGCCAAUUACGUGCAGUGAAAAAGAUAAUUAAUAAAAUAAAUAAAAAUGGUACCUGAAUGAUGCCUAAUGUUUAUUUGAUGCCCAAUGCUGUGGUUGUUUACAUACCUUAUCUAAAUAAUACGUAGGCAUAAAGGUGCAAAUAAUAAAAUAAGGCUCUUAAAUGCAAAAGUUAUUAGGUACCGAAGGUUGAUGUUUGUUACUGUUUCACGCUAAAACUACUGGAUGAAUUUAUUUUUGUUAUCAACGUGAGGGAAUUAGUUUCCACGAGGCGCGGGUGAAACCACAGGCGAAGCUGGUUUAUACUUUAUCAUGGGGUGCUCUGUCUGAUGAGUAUGGGUUGGAGUGCGGGGUGAGGCAGGGGGGGAUUACCUCGCCUCGUCUCUUUAACCUUUACGUCAAUCGCCUGAUUGUUGAGCUCAGCAACGCCAAGAUCGGCUGUCACAUAGACGGAGUCUGUAUUAAUAACAUCAGUUACGCUGACGAUAUGGUGUUGCUGAGUCCUUCAAUUAGCGCCCUCAGACGACUUGUUAAAAUCUGUGAAGAUUACGCGGUAGCACACGGACUCAGGUACAACGCAAAAAAAUGCGAGUUAUUGAUUUUUAAGGCAGGUACCAAAUGUUACACUAACGUACCAGAGGUAACUAUAGGUAAUACUCCGUUAGCCCGAGUAACAAAAGUUAAGUACCUGGGUCAUUGGGUGACUGAUGAUCUUAAUGAUGACUUAGAUAUGGAAAGGGAGCGCAGGGCGUUGGCUGUGCGAGCUAAUAUGUUGAUCCGCAGAUUUGCACGUUGUUCCAAACAUGUUAAAAUAACUCUUUUCAGAGCAUACUGUCAAUCAUUUUACACGUGCGGUCUGUGGGUCAGAUACACGCAAAGGGCAUACAACGCCCUGCGUAUCCAGUA